AUAAAUUGAGGAAAUGUAAACACAAAAAACACAACGAACGAACCAAACUGAAAACCCAGGUGUCACACAGUAAAUAAUAUUAAGUUACAUUGCAAAAACUAAACCAAACCAAAUACGCAGCGAGAGAGCGCACUAAAAUGGCUUCAUUCUUCAACGUUGGCGCUCUGGGAAAUGUUUUCUCCACUCCAGUUGGACAGCGCAUAGAGGCUGCCACCGAUGCAAACCUUGCCUCGGAAAAUUGGGCCGCCAAUAUGGAAAUCUGCGAUAUGAUCAACGAAUCCUCGGACACGGCCCGUGAUGCCAUGCGUGCCAUCCGGAAGCGACUCUCACAGAACGCCGGCAAGAACAAUCAGGUGGUUAUGUUCACACUGACCGUGCUGGAGACGUGCGUGAAAAACUGCGGCAAGGCAUUCCAUGUUCUGGUGGCACAAAAGGAUUUUAUCAACGAAUUGGUAAAGCUGAUUGGGCCAAAGAACGAUCCGCCUGCUGCCAUGCAGAAGAAGGUCCUUAGCCUCAUACAGAUAUGGGCGGAUGCCUUCAAAAACCAGCCAGACCUCAAUGGGGUCACACAGAUGUACAUGGAGCUGAAGAACAAGGGCAUCGAGUUUCCAGUUGCUGACUUGGAUGCCAUGGCGCCUAUCUAUACGCCGCAGAGGAGUGUGCCGGAGGUUCAUCCUCAUCCACAGCUGAUGGCUGCUCAUACAGUAUCGCCGCAGCAUGUGGCAGCCGUGACCGCUGCAGCCGCCGCUGCUCCACCCAGUACCGGUCCAUUGCAUUUGACACCAGAACAGGGGGCCAAGCUGCGAUCAGAGCUGGAAAUAGUCACCAACAACAUGUCCAUCCUGAGCGAAAUGCUGAGCGUCCUGAAGCCCGGCCAGGAAACCCCCGACGACUAUGCCCUGCUUAACGAGCUCACCUCCACCUGCAAGGAGAUGCAGUCGCGCAUUGUGGAUCUGAUCGGACGCGUCCAGGACGACGAGCUGACUGCCGAGUUUCUGCGCAUCAACGACGAGCUUAACAACUUGUUCUUGCGCCAUCAGCGUUACGAGAAGACCCGCUCCCAGGGACUGGGUGGAGGGGCUGUCGUCACCUCGCCCUCGGCAGUGCUGGGUGCUGCCAUGGGUCUGCCUGGCGUGACCCCAGGAACGGGUGCAGUUGUGGCCUCGCUUCCCCCGCCGCCCUCUGCCACAGCUGCUGCUGCCGUCAGCAAUACCCCGCAAAGCGACCAGCUGUUAAUCGAUUUGAUUGAGAGCAGCGAGGAGCAGCAGCUGCAGCAGAUACCCCAGAGCUUUGGCCAGCUCAGUCUGGCGGCUGGAAGCGGAGCUGCGGCAGCCCCCAGAGGAGCUGCCGACGAGUUCGAUAUGCUGGCGCAAUCGCGCACCGAUGGAAACCAUCUUUUGCUUAGCAAAACGGACUUGCUGCGCGAUAUUCCCUCGGUGGACGCGGCUGCCGGCAGUGUCGGUGGCGUGGCCUCGCCCUACAAACAACCACAGAAGCAGCAACAGCCACAGCAGCAACCACUACGGGCAGCCGGCGAACCGCCGGUGGUAAGUAAAUCGACGAAAGAGAAUGAGAUCGAUGAAAUGGAGGCGUGGUUGGGCAGCUCAAAGGACGUCGAUGGGAUCGAGGAGCUGACCAGCUCAGAGUUUGACAAAUUUCUUGAGGAACGCGCCGCUGCCGCUGAAAAUCUUCCAACGAUCAAUGCAUCGAAUUCUGCCGCCAGUGCCACGAAUACGAACACGACAGGAUCUGGAGGCGACAGCUUACGAAAGACACCAAAGAAACCUGGCGCCGAUGAGGAUCUGCUUGCACUCUGAGUGAUCACCGGCCGGAUCCUCCACUACACCAUCAGCUCGUAAUUGUUUACUCUUUCAAAUGUUACCCACACCCUAAACCUAAACAUUAUCGUCUUAUAUACAUAACGUCUAUAUGAUAGCGCAUAUACAUAUUAACACACACACGAUUAUGUACCAGGCUUUCCGUUUUUUCGUAUUUUAAAUGGUAUUUGUAUUUUGUUUAUUAACGACUUGAAUUACUUUAUUUUCUGUGGAAAUUCCAACAACUGCAACGAGAACUACAUAUGCAUAUAUUGUAACUUAUUCCAAAACGAUCUUCUGUUGGUCUAAUUGUAAGCCACACCACACA